CGCGAGACAAUGGCGUCACGACGUUGACUUCACGCUUGCGUAUUGCAGUUUCGCCGCUGAUGCAAGAACGCUGGUCCCGCUGGUGUGGUUGUCCCUGACGAACAACAAAAACUAGAUCAUCUCGCACGCAAACAUGUCCGGAGACGAGAUGAUUUUUGAUCCCAACAUGACCAAGAAAAAGAAGAAGAAGAAGAAGCCCUUCAUGUUGGAUGAGGAAGGCGGAGAGGGGUUAGGAGGAGAAGAGGUAAAAGAGGUGGAGACAAAGGAGGCAGAACCAGAAGCAGCCGAGGACAAGGAGGUGGACUUUGAUGAAGACGAAGGCAGGAAAAAAGUCAGGUUUGCUUUUCCUGCUACAGAACCCUCUGACGAUCUGAAUGAUCUUAACUUCUUCAACCAGAAGAAAAAGAAGAAAAAAAGCAAAAAGUUAUUUGAAAAUGACGUUGAAGAGGGAAUGAAGGAGCUUAAAAUCGAAGGCGAGCAAACGGAGGCGAUGGAUGACGCGCUGGAGAAGGAUGAUGCUUUGGAGGAUGACGAAGGAAAGAACAAUGAUGGCAUCUCAUUCGUUUCGUCCACUGGUCCCGCAUGGGCUGGGUCGGAGAGGGACUACACUUAUGAUGAGCUCCUGAACAGAGUAUUCAACAUCAUGAGGGAGAAGAACCCUGACAUGGUUGCCGGAGAGAAGCGAAAGUUUGUAAUGAAGCCUCCUCAAGUAGUCCGAGUGGGAACCAAGAAAACUUCCUUUGUCAACUUCACAGAUAUCUGCAAACUGUUGCAUCGUCAGCCAAAACAUCUUCUCGCUUUCCUGUUGGCUGAGCUGGGAACAAGCGGUUCCAUAGAUGGAAAUAACCAGCUGGUGAUUAAAGGAAGAUUUCAACAGAAACAAAUAGAAAAUGUCUUGAGAAGAUAUAUCAAGGAGUAUGUGACGUGUCACACCUGCCGCUCUCCAGAGACCAUCCUGCAGAAAGACACUCGGCUGUAUUUCCUGCAAUGCGAGACAUGUCACUCACGUUGCUCUGUCGCUAGCAUCAAGACCGGCUUCCAGGCUGUGACGGGCAAGAGGGCGCAGCUCCGAGCCAAAGCCAACUAAAUGCCCAGCUGAGCUCUGCCUCCACUUCUUCCGCCUCCCAGCCUCAGGAAGGCUGCAGAUGGACAACCCUUUUGUGAAUCAAAAAAAGGACUCUCUGAAUCGAACUGCGAGAGGGUUUGGCUGUUAUUUAGUUUUGUUGUGGUUUGACCAGGCUGGAUUUGAGAGAUUAUUCAUAGCAGACAUGAGGGAACCGGUUUCUAACAGAAUGCAGUGGGGUUUUAUGUAUCUCAAUGCCUACAUUUUUCUGCUGCGAUUGUAGAUCCCUCUUUUAGAAAAAAAAACACUGAAGGUUUGAUUCCGGCAUAUUUCCACCUCCUCAAGGGAAAAUGGUCUCAGUUCUAUAGUCAUAUGUUCUUAGCAUGUGAAGACUUGACAUUUCGAUGGUCUGUGCUAAAGCUCUGAACAUUGCCUCAUCACUAUUGCAUUUUCUGGUCUUGCUCAAUUGUGUUUGUGUUUAUUAAAAGCAAGUUGACUGACCGGACGACAUACAACUUAGAGGGCAGGUGUUGAUCCCAAAUGAACACUCCCCUGGUUGAAUCGCAAACAUGAUCUGAAUUUGUCUGAACUGGAAGUUAGUGGAGAUUCUUCAACAGUUGUGUGAUUUAAAAUGAUGCGGUCAACAUCCCUUAAGCAUUGAAUAUGACGUAAAAAUAAGAGAAUAAAAGAAUAAUAGAAACUCAAUCCACCGAGAGAAUGAGGUUGUUUUUUUUUUGUUGGAUAAGAUCUGGCUGGUGUCAUUUUAAAACAUUUUACAAAAAUAAAAUAUUCUCUCUCACUGGUGU